CAAAAAUUAAAUUGCCGAGUCAAGGUAAAGAUGACCAGCGUAGACUUUGUUAGGCUUCCCUGCUACAUAAUAAGUUUCUGGAGAGCCUGCGAACAACACAGAGGCCUGGAAAGCUUUGUAUUUCCCCGUGAAAAUGAAGAUGAAGAUGGCUUUAAGUUUAGUAUGUCCCCUCCUACUUUUGUUUCUCUCUGCACUGCCUUGUUAUAUUUCUUUGCUGCAUUCUCCUUCUUAUUACUCUGAUCAACAAGCUCUUCUCUCUUUUAAGCAUUCACUUUCUCUCGACCCUGACAAUUCUUUGUCCGAUUGGUCUCCCCAUCAUUACCUCUGCAACUGGACUGCUGUGGCCUGCUCUUCUCGUCACCAACGUGUGGUUUCCUUGAAUCUCACAGGUAUGUCUUUAGCAGGCCCCAUCUCUCCUUUCCUUGGCAAUCUCUCUUUUCUUAGAGUACUUGUUCUCCGUAAUAAUAGCUUUCAUGGCCAAAUUCCUUCUCAAUUGGGGAAUCUUUUUCGCCUUAGAGUACUUAGAUUGUCCAAAAAUAAAUUGGAAGGCUCCAUUCCCUCCACUCUGGCUAACUGUUAUUCUUUGCAACAUCUCAAUCUAUCCUAUAACCUUUUGAGUGGAAUUAUACCUUCCCAGCUUGGCCUUCUCUCACAUUUAGAGACGCUUAGUUUAGGAAAAAACCUUUUGAGUGGAAUUAUACCUUCCCAGCUUGGCCGCCUCUCACAUUUAGAGAGGCUUUUUUUAGAAAAAAACCAACUAACAGGCAUAAUCCCGCCUUCUCUAGGAAACCUGUCAUCUUUAGUUUUCUUGGUGUUGGAUAACAAUAGAAUUCAUGGCCAUAUUCCUGUUGAACUUGGUAUGCUUACUCAACUCAGGGCGCUUUAUCUUAACAGUAACAACUUGAAAGGAGUAAUUCCCAUUGCUCUUUCCAACUGCACUCUUCUCCAAAAUCUGUCAUUAUCUUUUAACCAAUUAACUGGACAUAUUCCUAAUUAACUAGGUCUGCUUAAUCAACUUACAGUGCUUUAACUUACAGUUCUUUACCUUGUUUUUAGAGCAUUGGUUCUUCCAUUCAUGUCAAAUGGAAGUUUAGAGAGAUGGCUAUGAUGGUUAUAUCUUCAUGGAGGAGAUGAAUGCAAAUUAAAUUUGGCUGACCGAUUAAGAAUAGCAAAGGAGAUAGCACAAGGAAUGAAAUAUCUACAUCAUUAUUGCUUUGUUCAAGUUAUUCAUUGUGACCAGAAACCCAAUAAUAUGUUAUUAGGGAAUGAUAUGACUCCACAUAUAGCAGACUUCGGCAUUACAAAAUUCUUAUUUGAGAAUUGAAUGAAUUCAUUGACUUCUACAACUUCACUAAAGGGAUCUAUUGGCUACUUUGCAUCAGAGUAUGGAAUUGGUGAAAAUAUUUCAACAAAAGGAGAUGUCUACAGCUAUGGAAUUCUACUUUUAGAAUUGUUGUCAAAGAGGAGACCAACAGAUACCAUGUUUGUAGAAUGUAUUAAUCUACCAAAAUGGGCAAGUAUAGAUUUUCCAAAUAAAAUUGAUGAAGUGGUGGGCAACCAACUACUUAGAGAUGUUAAUGAGUCAAAUAAAGCAAUGGUGUUAACAUGCCUUUAUUCAAUUUGUGCAUUUCUGGGUAUUCCAAGAGAUUUUCAUUUGCCAAUAAAUAUCUUACCUUUGCUUGAGAGUACAAAUGAACCAAGAAAUUGUAAUUCAAGGAGCCCUAAAAAUUGGUCUA